GACCAUGGCUGCUGAGUCUGAUGUUCUGCACUUCCAGUUUGAACAGCAAGGAGAUGUGGUCUUGCAGAAAAUGAAUCUCUUGAGGCAGCAGAAUUUAUUUUGUGAUGUAUCAAUUUAUAUUAAUGACACUGAGUUCCAGGGGCACAAGGUGAUAUUGGCUGCUUGUUCCACUUUCAUGAGAGAUCAGUUUUUACUCACACAAUCAAAACAUGUCAGAAUCACCAUUCUGCAAAGUGCAGAAGUUGGCAGAAAAUUGUUGCUCUCUUGCUACACUGGAGCACUUGAAGUAAAAAGGAAAGAGCUUUUGAAAUAUUUGACUGCUGCCAGUUACCUUCAGAUGGUUCACAUUGUGGAAAAGUGCACAGAAGCUUUGUCAAAGUAUCUGGAAAUUGAUCUAUCUAUGAAAAACAACAACCAACACGCUGACCUAUGUCACUCUUCUGAUCCAGAUGUUAAGAAUGAAGAAGAAAGUUCUGAUAAGGACUGUGAGAUAAUUGAAAUUUCAGAAGAUAGCCCUAUAAACAUAGAUUUCCAUGUUAAACAAGAGGAAGACAAUGUGUUACAGACCACAGUAGAAAGCUUGACAUCAGAGAGAAAGGAAAUUAAGUCACCAGAGCUAUCCCCAAUAGAUGUGGGUUUUAAAGACAAUGAAAUUUGUAUCCUUCAUGUAGAAUCUAUCAGUACAGCUAGUGGAGAAAAUGGGCAGUUUUCACAGCCUUGUACCUCAUCAAAAGCAAGCCUGUAUUUCUCUGAAACACAGCAUUCAUUGAUUAAUUCUACAGUGGAGAGCAGAGUGGCAGAAGUUCCUGGGAAUCAAGGUCAGGGUUUAUUUUGUGAGAAUACUGAUGAAAGUCAUGGUACAGCAAGUGAGAUUCAGAACCUAGAGGAGAGUUAUUCACUGAGGCACCAGUGUCCCAGGUGUCCGCGAGGGUUUCUUCAUGUAGAAAACUACCUGCGCCACCUUAAGAUGCAUAAACUCUUCUUGUGUUUACAAUGUGGGAAAACAUUUACACAGAAGAAAAAUCUUAACCGGCACAUUCGAGGGCAUAUGGGCAUUCGGCCCUUUCAGUGUACUGUGUGCCUGAAGACCUUUACUGCUAAAAGCACUCUUCAGGACCACUUGAACAUACACAGUGGGGAUAGGCCAUACAAAUGCCAUUGUUGUGAUAUGGAUUUCAAGCACAAGUCUGCUCUCAAAAAGCAUUUAACCUCCGUUCAUGGCAGAAGUAGUGGUGAAAAAUUAUCUAGACCUGAUCUUAAAAGGCAAGAUCUGCUAUAAAUGGAAUCAUGGACUUCCUUUGUAAACUUUGUAUCAUUCUCAUAGGUUUUAGAAAUGCAGUAUUUGUAAUAAUUUUAUUGUUCCCCAUCCCUUCCCCUUUUAUGUCUGCCUCACAUGUUAUUCUUUCUGAACUUCUGGCAGUUCAAAAAAAUUGUGAGAGGCAUGAAAAAGUUAUGGGACUUGUCUUGUCAUGUAUGUUACAUAUAAGUCCCAGUGGUACACUUUGAGAAAUAGUGUUUUACUUAAAUAUUUUUUAUUCUGAUGACCGAGGAUCCGACAGUAUUUGCAUAUUCUGAUUUGUAGUGUCUAGAUAAUUAAUUUAAAUGUUAAAUCCAACUAUAUAAUAACUUUAAUUAAUAAGAAUGAUGAAAGAAAAUAAAUUUUAAAAUGCACUAUUAUUCAU